AUGCCACCCCACGGAGGGUUGUUUGUGGGUGUCUGGCUGCUCUUGGCCCCCGGUCUCGCCGAGCUGCCCCCCGGCACAGGGGGGGCCACCCUAGCCUUCGUCUUCGAUGUCACCGGCUCCAUGUACGACGACCUGGUGCAGGUGAUGGACGGGGCCUCGCGCAUCCUGGAGCGGACGCUCAGCAGGAGCACAAAGCCCAUCAGCAACUACGCGCUGGUCCCCUUCCACGACCCAGAGGUGGGACCCGCCACCCUCACCGCGGACCCCCGGCUCUUCCAGCGGCGCCUGGCUGAGCACUGGGUGGUUUGAUGCCUGUGCCACAUCCCUCCCCGUGCGCCGCAGGGCGGAGGGGACUGCCCGGAGAUGAGCGUGGGAGCCAUCAGGCUGGCGGUGGAGGUCUCGCAUCCCGGCUCCUUUGUCUACGUCUUCUCGGAUGCUCGGGCCAAGGACUACGAGCAGCAGGAGGAGCUGCUGUGGCUGCUGCAGCACAAGCAGACCCAGGUGGUGUUUGUGCUGACGGGGGACUGCGGGGACAGGAGCCACCCCGGGUACCGCGUGUACGAGCGCAUCGCCGCCACCAGCUCCGGGCAGAUCUUCCACCUGGACAAGCAGCAGGUGACAGAGGUGCUAAAGUGGGUGGAAGAGGCCAUCCGGGCUUCCAAAGUCCACUUACUGUCAACGGACCACGAUGACGGUGGGGAGCACACGUGGCCUGUCCCCUUCGACCCUAGCUUGAAGGAGGUCACCAUCUCCUUGAGCGGCCCUGCCCCGGGGAUCGAGGUGCGGGAUCCGGCAGGAAAGGUCCUCGAGAAAGGCCAAGGUCUGAAGGAACUGCUCAGCAUCCCCAACUCAGCCAUGGUGGUGGCCAUGGAGCCCCAUGAGCCAGGGAUGUGGUCAGUCACGACCCAGAGCAGUGGCCGCCACUCGCUGAGGAUCACGGGCAUCAGCAACAUUAAUUUUCAAGCCAGCUUCUCCACCCAGCCGGACUUUGAUGCCAGCCAGCCCGGGGAGCGGCCGGUGCAGGGUCUGCCCAUCUCCGUGGUGGUGAACUGCACUGGUCUGAAGCCACCUGGGCGCUUGCAGGAGAUUGAGCUCUUCAACAGCUCCGGCCAUGCCCUCCUCUCGCUGCCCAUGCGGCCCCUCUCCAACACCUCCUCGGGGCAGCUCUGGGUGGGCUCACCGCUCCGUGUCCCCCUGGGUGACUUUCUGCUAAAGGUGAAGGGCGAAGAUGCCCAGGGCCACCCCCUCCACCGCCUCUCUGGGGUCACCUACACCAGCGUGGUCCCUGGUCUACCCAAAGUGAACAUCUCCAGCAAGAUUCAGGCGUACAACCACGAGCCACAGCUGAUCUCCUGCUCCGCACAGAGCGAGGUUCCUUUCCACCUGCAGCUCAGCCGUGGUGGGAUGAAGCUCGGGGAAGAGGGGCUCUUCAGGAGGUGGGGGAAUAUCAGCUGGUUGAUCCCCAUGGUGUCUGAGAGUGACGAAGGGUUUUACGAGUGCACAGCCACCAGCAAGGUCGGGGUGACGCGGGCUCGUGGCUACGUGUCCGUCUCAGACCCACCGCCGCGUCUCAUAGCCCCGGGCAACAUCACGGCUUUCCCGCAGGCCCCGUGGGUGAGGGUGGACGCCAGCCCCCGGCGUUUCAGCAGAGACCAGGAGCUGCGGCUGAACUGCACGGCCGGGGGCCACCCCCAGCCCCACACCAGCUGGAAGCGCUGGGGUUGGGCGCUGGAGCAGGAUGAGAGGGUUUUCACGGAUGCUCAGGGCACCCUGCACAUCAGGGCUGCUGUCCCGGAGGACGCGGGGAAUUACAGCUGCUACGCCAGCAGUGCGCUGGGCUGGGAUGAGCGAACCAUCACCCUGGAGUUCACCGAGCCUCCUGCCAUCCUGGCGGUGACGCCCAGCCUGAAGGCACUGGUGGGAGAAGACGUGACCCUGGAGUGCUGGGUUUCGGGGGUGCCCCCACCCCACAUCGCAUGGUACAAAGGGACGUCACACAUGGGGUCCUCGGAACUGAUGGUGGGAGGGACCCCCGGAGCCGCUUGGGGUGCUGACGUGGGGGAUCUGGGCGCAGGCGAGCAGGCGGUGGCGACCUUCCCACCCGGCACCCAGCGUGCCCUCCUGCGGCUGCAGGCGGUGCGGGAGGAGGAUGCGGGGCGGUACGUCUGUGAAGCUCUCGGUGAGGACGGCGUCGCCUUCGAUGCCACCGUGCUGGACGUGGGGUCUGCCCCUCACUUUCCCGAGCCCCUGGGGGACGUGGCGGUCGAGGUCGGGGACAGCGUGAGCCUGCUGUGCCGCGUUGAGGGCUCUCCCCCGCCGCGGAUCGCCUGGUCCCGGCGGGACGGGAAGCCCGUGAAGAGCUGGCACGAACCGCCCGGUGUUUCCAGCCAGCUGGAGGCUGCCGAGCUCCUCAUCGACAGCGCCUCGCUGGAUGACCAAGCUGUCUACAUCUGCGAAGCCCAGAAUGAGUAUGGGAAAAUCCAAGCGGAGGUCAAGCUCAUGGUCACCGGACACGCAGCCCCAGAAAUAGCUCUUGCAUCCCCUGUGGUCCGUGCGCUCCCAGGCCAGCCCGUGUCGCUGCCCUGCGUGAUCCUGACGGGGAGGCCGUUCCCAGCACGCCGCUGGCUGAAGGACGGGCAGCUGGUAGCCCCAAGCAGCCGCUACUCCAUCCGGGCUGACGGGAGCCUGCACGUGGACCAGGCGUCGCAGGAGGAUGCGGGGAGGUACACCUGUGAGGUGACCAAUGGCCUUGGCUCACACAGGCAGGACGUGUCCCUGGUCAUCCACGUUCCUCCCAGCAUUGAGCUUGGCCCUGUCCUCGUCACCACCACCGAGGGAGCGGCUGUCACCCUGCGGUGCAAUGCCACCGGCGUGCCCACCCCUACUGUCACCUGGGCAAAGGGCACUGAGCCCAUCUCACCGAGCCCACGCUACUACCUCGACCCCGAUGGGACCUUCCUGAUCCCUUCGUCCUCCCGUGAGGAUGCUGGAACCUACUUCUGCACAGCUACCAACGCGGCAGGCUUCUCCAGCCGGGAGAUGCAGCUUUCCGUUAGCACAAAGCCCAGGAUCAGCAUGAACGGAUCGCAAACGUCGGAGCCCAUAACCAUCCUGGCUGUGCUCGGGCAGGAGACCACCCUACCCUGUGAGGUUCAAGGCUAUCCCCCUCCCUUGGUGGUGUGGACCCAGGAGUCCCAGCCGCUGCCUCUCGCCACUGCAAGCUACAGUGUCCUUCCUUCGGGGUCUCUCCGGCUGGCCAAGCCCCAGGUGAUGGAUACUGGCCUCUACACCUGCACGGCCACAAAUGCCGCAGGGAACGCCUCGAUCAGCUACAGCCUGCACGUCCAAGCUCCCCCCCAGCUGCUGAUCGGCGAUGGGGAAAGCCACCUGACAGCUGUCGCCAAUGACUCCUUGAGGAUUCACUGUCGUGCCACGGGCAUCCCCACACCACGGAUCCAGUGGCUGAAGGAUGGGCGUCCACUGGGCGAGUGGGACGGUGCGGCGGUGUCUGAGGACGGUGGGACUCUUCUGGUUGACUGUGUGGGGCUUGGUCACGAAGGGCUCUACAUCUGCCAGGGCAGCAACCGGGCAGGGGUGGCCCAGGCAGAGGUGCAGGUUUUGGUGCAAGUGCCCCCGAACAUCGAACCCAGCACGGUGGACCUGGCCAUCCUGGAGAACAGCACAGCGUCCCUGCAGUGCCUGGCCUCGGGUUUGCCCGCUCCUGACAUCGCCUGGUACAAGGGGCAUGAGAAGCUCUCAGCUGGACUGGGCCGGACCCUGUCCAGGGAUGGGAAGCACCUGGAGAUCCAGCGAGCCCAGCUCUCUGACGCUGGCAGCUACCGCUGCGUGGCCUCCAACGUGGCUGGUGUCACCGAGCUCUGGUACAGCCUGCAGGUGACUGUGCCCCCGCGGAUCACAGCUGGCCCCAGCCCCCUCACAGUCGUGGUGAACGAGCCGGUGAUGCUGGAGUGCGAUGCCACAGGAACCCCAGCUCCGGUGCUGCUGUGGCUGAAGGACGGCGAUCCGGUGCCCAGCGUGGUGGCGGGUGGCCCAGAGAUCCUCUCGGGUGGGCACGUGCUCUCCCUGCCUGCCGCUGGCCUCCAGGACUCGGGGACAUACACGUGUGUAGCCAGCAGUUCCGUGGGGGAGGACAGACGUGAGGCUGCCCUCGAGGUGCGGUUGCCCCUCACUGCCAUGGGCGAGGAGGAGAACGUCUCUGUCAUCAUCAACCAGCCGGUGACCCUGGAGUGCACAGCCCCUGGGGUCCCCGCUCGAGGGUCCCGCUGGCUGAAGGACGGGAACUUGCUCACACCAAAGCCAGGCAUGGAGCUGUCUGUGGAGGGGACUCUGCUCCAGAUCAGGCAAGCUGCCGCACAGGAUGCGGGCCGGUACACGUGCCAGGGGCCGGGCCACCAGGAGAGACACUACAACCUUGAUGUGUGGGUGCCCCCGUCCUUCUCCUCGGCAGAGCCUGCUGCCGUGUCCGUGGUGGAGGGACAGUCCAUCAGGCUGGCCUGCGAGUGCCAGGGGAUCCCUGUCCCCACCCUGGGCUGGCGGAAGGACGGUGAACCCCUCUCUGCCCAACCUGGGAGCCCAAAGCUGGUGUCUGCGGGAGGGAGGAUGCUCUACAUUGAGAAGGUACUGCUGGUGGACAAGGGGACCUACACCUUGCUGCCGAGGAUCCAGGGCAGCAGCAAAGCCCUGAGGAAGGUUUCUGUCAUCAAGGCUGGCGAGACAGUUUUGGAGUGCGAGGCUGUGGGGACGCCACUGCCCACAGUGACGUGGGUGAAGGAUGGGCAGCCCGUGGCUGGUGGGAACGGGAUCCUGCUUAUGGAGCAGGGGAGGCAGCUGCGCAUCCCUAAGGCGGAGGUGGCCCAUGCAGGACACUAUGCUUGUCUGGUGGCAAAUGCAGCGGGGCAGGAACGGAGAGAGUUUGACAUUGCGGUGCACGUUCCUCCUGAGUUUAUUCAAGGAUCAGGAUUGACAACCAACGUCAGCGUGUCUCUGCAUGGAGCCCUGACGCUGACCUGUGAGGCCACCGGUGUUCCUCUGCCCACAGUCACCUGGUCCUGGGAGGGCUCUCCUGUCACCCCCAGCGAGCACACGCACGUGCUUUCAGGGGGCUGGGUGCUGAGGCUCAGCCGUGCGCGAGCCCAGGAUGGUGGCCACUACUCCUGCCUGGCCAGCAACGUAGCUGGGGAGGCCAGGAGGCAUUUCUACGUGGAAGUCCUAGUUCCUCCCCACAUCGAGAAUGCGGAUGAAGAAGAGACCACCAAAGUGCCUGAGGGUCACCCUGUUACCUGGUCCUGCCUGGCUGCUGGCAACCCCCAACCUAAGAUCACCUGGCUGAAAGACGGCCACCCUCUGCCUAAUGGAAACACCUUCUCCAUCUCCCCUGAUGGCUCCGUGCUCCACAUCCCUGAAGUCUCCCUGUCUCAUGCUGGCCGCUACUCCUGCAUGGCCUCUAGCUCUGUGGCAAAUCAAACCAAGCGCUACCUGCUAGAUGUUUCAGCCAGUCCCCCGUUUGCUGGAGAUGCUGCUCUUGCUGCAGAAGAAGUCACGGUGAUCAUCAACAAUCCCAUCUCCCUGGUCUGUGAGGCUCUGGCAUACCCAUCUCCCAACAUUACCUGGCUCAAGGAUGAAGUUCCCCUCAAAGUGUCUAGAAACGUCCAACUGCUCCCUGGUGGCCAAGGGCUGCAGAUCCUGAAUGCCCAAGAAGAGGAUGCGGGCACAUACAGCUGUAUCGUGGCCAACAAUGCUGGAGAGGCUGUGAAGAACUACGCUGUGAAGGUCCUGGUUCCUCCUUGGAUUGCCAGAGAUGACCCUUUGGGGGAAUUUGCCAUGAAAGAGGUAAAAGCCACGGUCAACAGCACGGUAAUGCUGGAGUGUGAGACCUGGGCUGUGCCUGAGCCGACCAUCCGGUGGUACAAGGACAAGCAGCUCCUGGAAAGUGCCGGCCACCUCCAGAUCCUCAGUGAGGGGCAGGUCCUUCAGAUCAAACCAGCCGGCAUCUCCGAUUCCGGGCAUUACACCUGUGUGGCCACCAAUGCCGUGGGUGAAGAUGACAGGGACUUCAUCGUGCAUAUCCAAGUUCCACCCCUCUUCCAGCAGCAGAUGAGCCCCAACGAAGCCCUUGAGAUCUUCUACCGGGAGGAAGACCAGGAUGGGGAGGUGACGGAGCACCGUCAGGCCAUCCUUGACCAGCCCACUGCGCUCUACUGUGACACCAACGCCAUCCCACCCCCCCGGCUCACCUGGUACAAGGAUGGGGAGCCCCUCUCCCCCGGCCCGGGGGUGCUGAUGCUGCUAGGGGGACGGGUGCUGCAGCUGCCGGCGGUGCGGGAGGAGGACGCGGGCAGGUACACCUGCGAGGCGGCCAACGCGGCGGGACAGGACCGCCUGCACUACGAGCUGGAGGUGUUGACUGCCCCGGCCAUCCAGGGUGGCACAGAGGACCUGCCUGAAGAGGUGACAGCCACCAUCAAUGGCACCAUCCGCUUCAAGUGCGAAGCCACCGGGCACCCAGUACCUGUAGUGUCCUGGCUCUGGAAUGGUGUCCCCGUUGUGGUCAGCCCACGGCACCAGCUCCUGGAGGGUGGCAUGGUCCUGCAGGUGGCCGCAGCGGAGGCAGGUGACACCGGCAGCUACACGUGCGUGGCCGAGAACCCAGUGGGGUCAGCCGAGAAGCACUUUGCCCUCACCGUGCAGGAAGCACCCUGGAUCAUGGGCACAAACCCUGAAAGCAUCGACGGCAUCGUUAACGGCAGUGUCUCACUGGUAUGUGACGUCCAAUCCCACUCCACUGCGGAGAUCGCCUGGUACAAGGAUGGCCAUGUCCUGCGGCUCGGUGAGGAGGUGACUGUCACCCCAGACUCGCGGGUGCUGCAGCUCCCUCGCCUGCAGCUUUCCAGCUCGGGCACAUACACCUGCGUGGCGCUGAACGCGGCCGGCCGGGAUGAGAAGCGCUUCAUCCUCACUGUCCACGGGCCCCCAGGCAUCGAGGACCCACAGCAGGAGACGCUGGAUGCCGACAUGGGGAGCUCCCUCGUCCUCACCUGCCAAGACACCGGUGUGCCUGCGCCCGCCGUCACCUGGCUGAAGGACGGGAGCCCGCUGGAGAGCAGCCCGGAGCAAGGUCUGGUGUCCGGGGGGGUUCAGCUCCAGCUCAGCCCCCUGCAGCCCUUCCACCAGGGCCGGUACACCUGCCUGGCGCGUGGCCCGGGCACCACGGCUCGCAAGGACUUCAGGGUGCUGGUGCGAGUGGCGCCCCGGAUCGCCAGCGCGGGGGUCCCCAGCGAGCACAGCGUGGUGGAGGGCAGAGGGGUGAUGUUGGAGUGCCGGGCGGAGGGGCAGCCCACCCCCCAGAUCUCCUGGCUGAAGGACGGGCAGCCCCUGGGGCUGCAGCCCCCUUCCCGCGCCCGGAUAUCCCCGGAUGGCAGCUCCCUGCUCCUCGAGGGUCUCCAAGCCGCUGACUCGGGGGCAUACACCUGCCUGGCCCGAAACAGCGCGGGCGAAGACGCACGGCUGCACACGCUGUGGGGGGGGCCGGGCCACCGGGGCCAGCCCCGGGGCCGCCUGCCCCCAACAGCCCCGUCAGCCCCUUCCUCCCCUCGCACAGUGCCGCCUGCCAUCGAGAGAGGUGCUGAUGAGUCAGAGGUGGUCCGUGGCAUCUUCUCCGCGGUGGUGACACUGCAGUGCCGGGCACGGGGGUCCCCUCCCCUGCACGUGAGCUGGCUGAAGGAUGGGCUGCCCCUGCGCCUGUCACCUCGUGUCACCCUGCUCUCUGCUGGGCACGGCUCUGAUGUCACCUUCACCUGUGAAGCCACUGGGUCCCCAGCACCAGCGGUGACUUGGCUGAAGGAUGGCGAGCCUCUGGCAUGGCAGAGCAACCGGGUCACCAGUGGCCCACAGCUGGAGCUGGUGGCCGUGGGGCCAGCUGACACGGGGGUGUACUCCUGCCUGGUGUCCAACGAGGUGGGGGAGGCCAGCAAAGCCUUCCACCUCCUGGUGAUGGAGCCACCCCGCAUCCAGGCUGCGUCGUGGCCCACCGAAAUGUCCAUUGCUGUGGGUACCCCACUAGAGUUGACAUGUGCGGUGACAGGCGUCCCUGUGCCCUCUGUCACCUGGGAGAAGGAUGGACGACUGCUGGCAGGGCCCUGGCUCGUGUCGGGGAACGAGAGCACCCUCCACAUUGAGAGCACUAAGGUGGCCGACGCUGGCUUGUAUAUCUGCCUGGCUGCUAGCCCGGCUGGAGAGGACAGCAAGAGUUUCCAUGUCAGCAUCCAAGCACCUCUCAGCAUCACAAGUGUUGGAGAAACCCACAGCAUCACCUCCAUGGCAGGGGGGCAGCUCAUUCUGGAGUGCCCUGAAGAUGCCGUGCCAUCCCCCCACAUCGAGUGGCACCGGGAGGGCUCCCCGCUGCGGGAGGAUGCCCGCAGGCAGGUCCUGGCCCAGGGGCGCUUCCUGCAGAUCCUGUCCGUGGGGGUGGCGGACGGUGGGGAGUACAGCUGCAGGGCCACCGAUGCGCUGGGGGACACCAGCCUGAGUGUGCAGGUGGAGGUUCACGUGGCCCCAGAGAUCCAGCCGGGUCCCGAGGAGGCGAGGGCACUGCUGAAUGGCUCAGCGGUACUGCCGUGCCGGGCAGAGGGGUGGCCCGUGCCCCGGGUGACGUGGUGGAAGGAUGGCCGGCUCCUGGCUCCAUCGCUCUCCCUCCCCAGGCUGCAGCUCCUGCCGGACGGCUCUCUUCAAAUCGACCCCGUUCAGGUCCGGGAUUCGGGCUAUUACCUCUGCAUGGCAUCUAGCCCCGCUGGCUCCGACCGGCGAAGCCUGGACCUCCACGUCCUGGUCCCUCCUGCCAUCGCUCCCGGACCCUCCAACCUCACCCUGCUGGCUCAGCAGCCGGCCGCGCUGCGCUGCGAUGCCGGGGGAUCCCCCGAGCCCUACAUCAGGUGGGAGAAGGACGGCCGCCCCCUGAACCCACACCUCCCCCCUGGCGCCUACAGCUUGCAGUCCUCGGGGUCACUGCUCAUCGCCAGCCCCGAUUCCCAGGAUGAGGGGUGGUACGAGUGCAUCGCCACCAACGCCGCCGGAGAGGCACGCAAGGUCUUCCUCGUGUCCAUCCACGUGCCCCCCACCAUUGCCGAUGACCUUACGGAUGUGAUUGUCACCCGGCUGUCCCCCGCGGUCCUCACCUGCUAUGCCUCCGGCGUGCCCCCCCCCGUGGUGUCAUGGAGCAAGGAGGGGGCUCAGCUGGGCAGCCGAGGAGGGGGCUACCGCGUCCUGCCCACAGGGGCCCUGGAGAUCAGGCAGGCGUUGCCCACACAUGCCGGACGCUACACCUGCACGGCGAGGAGUGCUGCUGGCACAGCCCGCAAACACCUCCGGCUUGUGGUGCACGAGCCCCCCGCCUUGAAGCCCCUGCCCGGUAUGGUGAUGGUGAUGGUCAACACCAGUACGAUGCUGCUCUGUGAGGUGACUGGGGUCCCCCGGCCAGAGGUCACCUGGCAGAAGGAUGGUGUCGGCAUCGCUGGAGGGCCCAGGCUGAAGGUGCUCCCCAACGGGCAGCUGCAUCUCCUCCGAGCCUCCCCAGGGGACGCGGGCACCUACCUGUGCGUGGCUCGCAACCCCUCGGGCACCGCUGCAGGGAGGACCAGGCUGAUCGUGCAAGUGCCCCCCAUCAUCGCAGCCGGCCCGCUGGAGCUGUCUGUCCUGGAGGGGCUGGAGGUGCUGCUGCCCUGUGCCGCCCAUGGUGUCCCCGAGCCACGCGUGUCCUGGAGCCGGGAGGGAGUCCCGGUGUGGGGCGGCGGGGGGAAGGCCACCAUCCUGCCCUCCGGGGAGCUGCUGCUCCAGGCUGUCCAGGUGAGCACCACCACCUCCUGCAGCCAAGCUAGGUGGUAUGCCGGGAACUAUUCCUGCGCUGCGGUGAACUCGGCCGGGAGGGCCGUCCGCCGCCUCUCCCUCUCCAUCCACACCCUGCCCACCUUCACCCGCCUGCCCGGAGAUGUCACCCUGAGCCGGGGCGAGAGGUUGGAGCUGGUGUGUGCCGCUGUGGGCAACCCCCAGCCCCGCAUCUCCUGGAUGGCCAAUGGGCAGCUUGUCACCGACGGUGUGUCAGGGCAGAGUGGCCGGAGCGCUCUGCGGCGGGAGGCAGCCACCAGUGCCGACAGUGGGACAUACGUCUGCCGUGCCGAGAACAGCGCCGGUGCCAUCAGGGCCACUGCCUUUGUCUCUGUCAGAGAGGCACCCAUCAUAUGGGGGGACCCCAGCACAUACCAGGUGGAGCACCCCGGGGGCGAUGCCCUCCUCAGCUGUGAUGCUCGGGGUCACCCCGCACCCCUCAUCCGCUGGAGCAAGGACGGGGUACCGGUGGCAGCUGGAGGGCGCCUGCACCAGCUGCGGAACGGCUCCCUGGCCAUCCGUGCCGUGGGGAGCACCGACGUGGGGCACUACCGCUGCGUGGCGGAGAACGAUGCGGGCACAGCAGCAAAGGUUGUCAUCCUGGCCCUGCAGACUCCAGGGGAGCCGCACCGGGUGCGGGGCAGUCUGGUUGGUGUCGUUAAUGCCCACGAGCUUGGUGUCACCACCCUUGAUGCCAGCGUGCUGGAUGACCCACACUCCGGCACCGCCGUUGUCCGGACCAGCAUCAGCGGCAUCCCACCUGCUGUUGGGCCCCUGAUGCGGGUGCUGGUCACCAUCAUCGCCCCCGUUUACUGGGCCUUGUCACACACCAGUGGGGAGGUCCAGAGCGGGUUCCUGCUCACCCAGGGCACCUUCCGGCACGAGUCGCAGCUGGAGUUUGCCACAGGGGAGCUCCUGCGGGUCACCCACCUCGCCCGGGGUGUGGAUGCUGCUGGUGCUCUGCUCCUGGACAGCGUGAUCAGCGGCUCCGUGCCGGAGAGCAUCGGCGAGGCUGCGGUGCUGCUGCAGGACUUCAGCGAGCGCUAUGUGCAGACAGACGUGGGGCGGCUCUCGGGGGGCUCAGUACAGAGCUUCCUGUGGGAUGGGCACAUCAUCCGUGCCCGCUGCAAUCACACCAUCGUGUACCACCCCCCCGCUGGCCCGCAGCCCCCCCGGGUGCAGCACGUCCACGCCAGCGCUGUCAAAGCCUCCUACGACCCUGCCUCAGAGGAGCUGCGCUUCCAGCUCCGUGCCUCACUCGAUGCAGGGGCUGAUGGAGACCGGUGCCCACCGGGAUUCAUCCGUGGCCUCGGACAGCCGUACUGCAUUGACGUGAACGAGUGCCUGCAGUUUCCUCCACCCUGUGCCUUUGAGUGCCGCAACCUGCGGGGCUCCUACGAGUGCCUGUGCCCCCCCGGCAGGACCCUGCUGCCCAGCGGAGAGUGUGGCACAGCAGGAGCGGAUGGAGGGGACACAACAGUCAGCACCCCCAGAGACCCCCCCCUGCCCUGGCUGGGGCCGAGCAGCCCGCGGGGACGGUCCUUCUACACUCAGCUCGCCCUCCGGCGCAUGGCGAAGGCUGUGGGACGGGGGGUCCGGGGCACCCCCUGCCCCGCGGGCUUCGUCAAGAGGAAUGGCACCUGCAGCGACCUUGACGAGUGCCAGAUGCCGAACCAGUGCCAGCACGAGUGCAGAAACAGCCCGGGCAGCUACCGCUGCCUCUGCCCCCCCGGCUACCGGCGGCUGCCCAACGGGAAGACCUGCCACGAUGUGGACGAGUGCGCGGAGGGCACGAUCCAGUGUGGCUCCAGCCCGCUCUGCGGAGGGCAGGACACUGCCUGGGGACAGUGCCCCCGGAGGGGACAGUCCUGCGGCGGCUCCGCCUGCCCACACUCGGCUAUAAGGGAGGAGGAGGAGGAGGAUGCUCCAGGCACCGGACCGGAGCGCCGAGGGCAGCCGGGGAACGGGUGA